AUCAUUCAUUAUGUUCAUGUUCAUUGUUAAAAGUGCUAUACAAAUAAAAUUUAAUUGAAUUGAAAUAAAAUUUGUAUUACCCAAAUGGAGUCUAGCAAAUGUAAAAUAUUUAAUGUCAUUUUUUCCAUUAAUUUAUUUCUAUUUAAUCGCUUAUUCAAUUUAAUCAAUGUAACAUAUAAUUGAUAUAUCUCAAGAAAAUCACUGAAAAAGAAUUAUUUCUGGCACAGAUCGGGUAGCGUCAACAGUGGUGAACCGGUGACAGGGUCAUGGGCGGUCAAGGCUCAUUGAUGCACGUGGGGAGAGAAGGCUGGCCCGUGUGAUCCGAUCCAACAGACGAGCUACUGUUGCUCAAACUGCUGAAGAAAAUAAUAAUUAAUGCUAAUAAUUAAUAAUUAAUGCUGGUUCUGAUAGAAAGGGGUCAGAAUACACAGUGCAGGACAGUUUGUUGUGUAUGGAGCCGCAAAGCCACAGGCCAGUCAGAUGCCCGUGCUGACCCCUUUACCGCCGAAAGCACCAACAAUGAACACGUGAGCAUCAGAACUGGACCACGGAGCAAUGGAAGAAGGUGGCCUGAUCUGAUGAAUCAUGUUUUCUUUUACAUCACGUGGAUGGCCGGGUGCAUCUCCUACCUGGGGAACACAUGGCACCAGGAUGCACUAUGGGAAGAAGGUUUCUAUAGAGCGCUAACCUGUCACAGAAGGUUCGGUGACGUCACAGGGGAUCUGACGUGAGGGGUCUAAACCCGACUUCUGGUCAUUUACUGCAUGAUCCACAUUACACCAGAUAUAUAAAAAAAGAAGAUGGGAAAUUCCCAGACACAUGAAUCAAAGAUAAGUGAGGAGAGGAGAAGUAGCAGAUGUGGACCUGCUGGAGUGUCCACUCCGGACCCCGGAUCUGACCAGAGACAGCGGUGUUUCAGAGACAUUUUGGACCUGGUUCUUCAGCUGAGUGAUGAGGAAUGGAAAGCCGUGAGCAGGGACAUGGAGAAGGAGGUCUCAAGGUUUGAGUUUGUGGCUGCUUGCACUAAAAUUGUGACCACAGUGUCGUCUGCUGUCGUUCGACGUUUAAUGAUACCUCUCAGUGAAAGCUUCGGGAUCGAGGCGAUUCUGGAGGCCAACGACAAACUGAAGAAAAUGGCAAAGUUGAAAUUGAGCAAGUGCUCUUCCUCAGACGCCUCAGCUCAAAGUUCCCCUAUGGAGGCGUCUGACUUCAUCUGUGAGCUCUCUCAGAGAAUCGUCACGGAAAUUAAAAGUGCGAUGCUGGAGGCGAUCCGGAGUAUGGCAUCAGGACCGAGGCCGAGCUGCUCCGCGAGGGCUUCAUCACCUGCAGGAGAUCUGAUCUCACCACUAGAUGAUCUCAGCAUCGCAUGCACUAAUGAGAUCUGUGAAAGGAUCCUGGCUCUGUACCAUUCUGAAGAAGGUGUCAGACCUAGAGGAGAGACAAGUUCAAGAACAUCACUAAAGUCUCACCAGGAGGUCAAUGGGAUAAUGAAAGGCUUGGAAGAAGUUGUCUCCAUCAGCAGGUCCUCUUCCUGGUUUACUGUAUCCUCAACCGUAUCCUCAACAGUCACCUCCACACCUGAACCUGAAGUGAUGACCCCUGAUGAUGCUUCAUCACCUCCUCAGGCUGAGAGACCUUUCAGUGAACAGUUUUUGAGCAAAGCAUCACAAGCAAUCAGUGAAGUUCUUCUAAAAACGGAACAAAAAGUCGCCGCCUCAGUGUUGCCCCAAACAUCCACCCCUGCCUCCACUGAACUGAACUUCCUCAUAGAGCUGGUCAAGAGCACAGCCACGGAAAUUCUGCAGAAGUUAUUUUUUAUACUUGUACAAUCACUGCAUGAACAUUUGUCAGGUGUCAGCAGCAGCAAUGCGAACCAGUCUGGACCAGAACAUGAGCAGAUGUUCCUCUCUGAUGCUCAAACAAUCCACAUGGACAUCCACAAGCAGGUGUUCACAUUCAUCUGUGAGCGGCAGCAAGCCGUUUUAGAGAAAAGAAACUGUCUCUUGGACGUCUGUUCUGUAGCUGCUAGCGAGCUUGAUGUCAGCGCAGAAAACACUCGAGAAUCUGCUGCUGAUGAACUGUUCCUCGAGGCCACUAAUGCUGCAAGUGACAUCCUGGAGAAGACGCUAUCUUCACACGAUUCCACAGUGAAAAGCUCAGGAUCCAGCACAGUGACGCCAUUGAUGGAGAUGGAUCUGGAUCAUGUCGUCUCUGAUAUCGUAAACAAGGUGAUCAAUGGAGUAGCUCUUGAGGUCAGAAAAACUGCAAUGAAAACCAGACAGGAAGCUCAGGUCUGUGAUGCUGAUCUUCACUCAGCUCCUGACUCAAAGAGCUCCUCAGGCUUUUCUGCUCUGGAAAAAAGUGUGGAGCAGGUUAUAGAUGCAGAGAGGAAGCCUCUGCCUUCAGCCCCAAACAGGUCAUACAUUUCUCAGCAUUUUUUCACUGUGGUGCGCGAUCGGUUGAAGGCUUUCUUCACUUCCUUAACUGCUGCUGAUGAUAAAAGUGAUGAGGAUCAAGUCGUUUCCAUCUACAUCAGUGAGGACGGCAUGGUUCAUGAGCUAAAAGAGCCGGAUGUUAGCCAGAAUUUAAAGGAUCCUUUUCUGGAGAAAAGUUACAAGAUCUUAAAACCUGUCCAUUUUCCCUCUGAUUUCAUUGACAAGUUGGAAGAGGAGCAGAAUGUGCUGUAUGCUGGGUUGAGUGAUGGGAGUGACUGGAGUGACUGGAGUGAUUGGAGUGAUGGGAGUGAUGGACAUGAUGGGAGUGAUGGACAUGAUGGGAGUGAUGGACAUGAUGGGAGUGAUGGGAGUGAUGGACAUGAUGGGAGUGAUGGACAUGAUGGGAGUGAUUGGAGUGAUUGGAGUGAUGGACAUGAUGAGGAUCAGGAGAAGAAACAGAAGCCUAGAGUUCACUUCGAUGUGAAGGGGAUCCGGCCGAGUGCGUCCACUCCUACAGAUGUCCACUACGCUUCAGACGGACAAUCGAGGACCUCGCGGACGCUCUUCAAGAACACUUGCAGAACGCUGGGCAGGAUCUUCUCCAACAUCUUCAAGACCUUUACCUGCUGCUUUAUCCCUGACACCGCUCUGUAAACUGGUCAGAGUGACCAUUAACCAAGUUACCAUGGUAACAGACAGCAGCGAAAGAAAUACAACUAAAUCAGGGGUACUCAAAUAUAAAUUUGAAAGGUCCACUUACCAAAUUUCCAUUCAGUCCAAGUUCCGGAAAAGUGACGGUCAAAUUCCAAAUAGAGAACUCCAACAAAAAAAGGUAAUCCCCAAUACUUUCGAACUAUACACAAACGACAUGGUAGGCCUUUUAGUGUGAAAGGUGACACCUUCUUUGCGCCACCAGUUGUUUAAACCUGGGCAUAAUAGGUGUGAGGGCCAGGCGGAGGCACUGAUGUAAGUGUUCAUUGGUGAGUGUGCUGCGGUAUGUGUUUUUCACCAUGUUCAUGGUUGAAAAGCCAGAUACACAGCAGUACAUUGAGGGAAACAUGGUGAGAAUUUGAAGGGCCAUCUUCUGCAGGAGAGGAACACCUGCUGCAGUAACCAUCUUUGUCCAGAAGGUGGCAAGGUCACUGAGAUUCCUGCAGUGCUAGGUUUUCUUGGAACUCAAUUAGCUCUGUUUGCAGAGAAGCAGCACUGGCCCAUGGGAAGACUUUCGUGGCUUCAUUUGAGAAUUCUGCAAUAUUUUUGACAAGAAAUGAAUUUUCGAUGCACAGCAAGACUUGUUUUCCCAGAGGGAAAUCUUCAAAGUGAGUUUGGAAAUUUUUAAUCAGCUUGUCCAGGAAUUCAGCAUAAUUGUGAUUAUGAUGUUUUCCUGCAGUCUGAUCCAAAAAUCUUGGGAAGUGAAGCAGGUCCUGCUGUAAGUCACAUUUGAACACCUCCAGUUUCCUCUGGAAAGCACGGACAGCUGACAUGAGGUCACACACUGUGCUGUUUUUGCCCUGGAGAUUCAUAUUAAGGUCAAUGAUAUGGGAAGUAAUGUCAGUUAGAAAAGCAAGAAUUUCCAUUUCCUCUUCAUUCUUCAUGAAAUCCACAAACGGUUUGGCUUUUGCACUCUUCUGAUCCAACAGAAAUGUCUCCAGCUCUUCCCGCAGUGCCCAAAACCGCUCCAGUACCUUACCUUUACUAUGCCACCGGACAUUGUUGUAAAGGAGCAAAUCAUCAAAUGUUGCAUUCACCUCUGUUAGAAAUGAGCGCAACAAACGAUGUUGCAGAGCAGAGGAUGCUCUCAGAUAGUUGACAAGUUUCAUGACUGUUGUCAUGACUUCUGAGUACCUUUCUCCAAGGCUGGCACACAAAACCAUCUGGUGAAUUAUGCAGUGGUAUGCCAUGAGGUCAGGGUGGUGAAUUCUCAAGUGUGACACUAAUCCCCUCUCUUUCCUAAUCAUACAUGGCACGGCAUCAGUAGCACUGGAAACAACAUGCUUCAGGUCUAUCUCUCUGUCUCUAAGCAUCUGUGUCACUGCUUCAGAAAUGUCAUCCCCCCUUGUGUGUCCAUGGAGGUUUGUGAGACCCAAAAUAUCUUCAUGAAAUUCUCCCUUUUCUUCAACAAAAAAUCUGACAAAGACCAAGAGUUGUGCAUUGUCUGUGUUGCCUAUGGAUUCAUCCACAGCCAAUGAAAUGAAUUUGGCUUUUUUAUAGCAGAGCUAAGUUGUUCAAGCAAAUCACCAACAAGUAUUUCAGUUCCUCUUGCAACAGUGGAAUCAGAACAGGGUAUUUGGCUUAUUUUCUGGAUUAUUUCAUCCUUUCGAGUCCCUUCAAACAGAGCAGUCACCACUUCACUCAUACACGUCUUGACUAUUUCAGCAUCAGAGAAGGGUUUCUUGUGUUUUCCCAGGACCCAUGCUACUCUUAGUGAGGCUUCCGUUGCCCGCUCCUGUUGUGUGGCUGAUCUAACUAUUACACUGCUUGUAGCUUCAUAGGAUGAUUUCAGCUGGUUUAUUUUUGUGGUCCUUACCUCGUAAUUUUGUUCAAAAUGUGCAUGCUUGGUUUCAUAACGGCGUUUCACGUUACCACUUUUGAUGAUUGCUACCGUCUCGUUGCAGAUUAAACACAUUGGUUUUCUGCUUCCCACGGGGAGCAAAAAUGCAUAUUUUUCUGUCCACUCACUCUUAAACUCGCAGUUUUCAAAAUCAACUUUUCUUUUCUUAUCAACGGCCAGCUUUGAGCCCGCCAUUUUCACUUUCAGUCAGCAAAAAAAAAAAAGUCAGUUAUUGAUACUUGCACUGCUCGCAAACGAUGAGACUGUCUGUUCACCUGCCUGGCCCAGAGAACGUGACCGGUAGAUAAAUCUGGCUGCCAUGUGUGAGUGAGAGAGUGAGUGAGUGAGUGAGUGAAUAGUGGGGACGUUGCUAUAGCGAUGCUGUUACAGCUGCUAUGAUUGGACAUAGAUGAAGCAGCCAAACCGAGUAGAAGCCUCAAAGAUAUAUAGCGUGGAAUCACAAUUGCGCACUACAUUGAGAACUCAUUUGGAUUUUGAUUAAAUUAGCAUGUUGGUUUUGGCGUCAGUCCAGAUUUAACCGUGUCUGGGUCUGGAAGCAGACUGCACAGUCCGCCUAUUGAGUACCCCAGAUCUAAAUGAACAAAUAAAGAAGUAAAAUGGCUUUGUGUGUAUUGGAUUAUUCUAAUAAUGUGUUUUUUUCUAUUAAAAUUUUAUCUUUAAAUUG